AUGCCAAGUACAAGCGGUAUUCAAAAUACAACUAAAUUGCUGCAAAUAGGUAUAAAUACGAGCGAUAAUUCCACUGAGAGUUCUUCGGACGAGGAAUACAAAUGUCCGGUUUUAACGAAACAAAGAAAAUUCUCGACACCCAAAUCUCAGCAAAUGAGGUGCAGCCUAACUCAAACAGCGAAAAUGGCAGACUUGACCGGCACAUCUAAUAGGGCAGUAGCUAAAAUAGUUUAUGCCGUUUUGGAAGAUUUUAAAAUAAUUUCUAGAGAGGAUCAGUCUAACGUAAUUGAUAAAAGUAAAAUACGCCGAGAGCUAAGCAAAAACCGUAAAAAGCUUCAACAGCAACUAGAAAACAAAGACAUAAAAGGACUAUAUUUCGACGGGAGGAAGGACCAAACAAUUUGUAUUAAAAAUAGUAAAAAGACAAUACAACAAGAAGAACACAUUACAAUUUUAAAAGAACCUGGUUGUGACGGUACAAAUGUGAAUACUGGAUGGAAGGGAGGUAUUAUUCGACUAAUUGAAAAUGAUAUUAAAAGGCCCCUUCAAUGGUGUAUCUGUCUGCUCCAUGCCAAUGAGCUACCAUUAAGGCACUUAUUGCAAAGUUUGGAUGGUGAUACCAAAGGACCUUACAGCUUUUUGGCGCCAAUUGGGGCUCUUUUAAAACACUGUCAAGACAUGCCAAUUGUACAGUUUAAACCCAUAAACACAUCUCUUCCUCAACUCGAACCAGACGACUUAAGUACAGAUCAGCAGUACUUAUAUAAGAUUUGCAUAGGCAUUCAAAAUGGAACCAUUACUCCCAAUUUGGCAAUGAUAGAUCCAGGGAAGAUGUCACAUGCACGGUGGCUUACUACAGCCAACAGAGUGCUACUUUAUAUCGCUACUAAAAAUCCGUCUCCCAAUCUAGUUAUUUUUACCGAAUUUAUUUUAAAGGUCUACGCACCUGUUUGGUUUGAAAUUAAAACAAAACAACAUAUUUGCGAUGGAGCGAGGUAUCUGUGGAAAUCUAUAAAUGCUUCAAGAGGAUUCCCAGAUAAUGUUGAACAUGUAAUUGACAAAGUCUUUGCCGACAAUGCAUAUUUUGCCCACCCCGAAAAUAUACUUUUGGCAAUGCUUACCGACCCACGUUCAUACAUAAGAGAGUUAGCUGCAAGAAGGAUUAAAAAAUGUAGGAUGCAAACUAAUAAAACGGUCAGAGUUUUUAGGGUACCAUUUAUUAAUUUAGAUGCUGACGAUUACACAAGUUUAAUAGAUUGUCAGAAAACGAUCACCGAACCGCCAUUAACAUUUAACGUAACCAACGAAGUUUUAGAUAAUAUUGUGUCCAGAAAAGAAGUCCUAAACUUUGAAAAAUUUCCGUGUCAUACACAAGCGGUAGAACGCUGUGUUAAAUUAGUCACUGAAGCUUCUACUAAGAUGGAGAAACUCUCAGAGACCCAAAAUUCUUCUGACAUCCCAAGUGACAUCGAAGGUAAAGAUGAAAGAUCUAAAGUGGUUGAAAAACUUAACUCCGCUAUACCAACGCAAACUAAAACGCUUUCAGUGCAAAAGGCUUCAACAUCAAUCACACCACAAAUUGUGCAUUUUGAAAAUCAGUUUACAACACCAAAAGUAAAAACCAAAAAUAAAAACAAUACAAAUAUGGAGCAGGACAGUGAAAGCACACAAGUAUUGCAUAUGAUGAAAUCAAUGUAUGAAAAAAGAGAACGUGAUGAAUAUGAUGUAUUUGGAGAGAUGGUAGCUCAUAAUAUUAGAAGCUUAAGAUCGGAAUACUUAAAGAUUACCGUGCAACAGCAGAUUACAAGUGUAUUGUUUGAUGCUGAUGUUUGA